AGCUCAGUGCUGCCUACCGGUGCCGGGGACUGGUGGUGAGGAGCCGCUGCAGCGCGUCAGGACCGGACCGUGAACCCGGAGACGGUACACACUGAGGCGAAAAGGAGACACAGGAUGGAGCGGAUGUCUGAGGAGGCACUGAGGCUCAACCUGCUGAAGCGAGGCCUGGAGUCGCCCAGCGAGCGAGAAGAAGCACUGGCCAAACGCCUCAAAAUGGAAGGCCAUGAGGCAAUGGAGCGCCUCAAGAUGCUGGCACUACUUAAACGCAAGGACCUAGCUGACCUGGCAGCCCUGGAGGUCGGGGGGCCCAUGGGAGAUGGGAAGGGGCUCGGAGCCAGCACCCUCCACCACCAGAGUCUAAUGGGUGCCGCUUAUGAGGAGAAGCUGAAUGGAAGUCUGAGGCUGGGAGGCCACGGCAGCCAUAUUGGACCCAGUAAGAGUGGAAAGGAAAACAUGCUGGAUGAGCCUGUUGAUAUGAGCGCUGGGAGAAGAUGCGAUGUGGACCUUGACAGACGAACUCCUUCUCCAGAUGUCAUCAUCCUGUCAGACAAUGAGGCGUCCAGUCCCAGAACAACACCUCGCCCUGAGGAGCGCCUGCACCAAGCCAACCUGGACAUGUUCAAGGGGAAGACGGGAGAAGAGAGGCAGCAGAUGAUCAAAGCUCUGAGAGAGGAGCUGCGUCUGGAGGAGGCUCGCCUGGUGCUGCUCAAGAAGCUCCGACAGAGUCAGAUGCAGAAGGAGAACGUGGUGCAGAAGGUGCCAGUGGUCCAGAACGCUGCAUCCUCUGUGCAGCCUCCUCCCAUCCACAGCUCUCCUGGCCUGGGGAAGCUGCCCAUGAGGCCAGGCCUACACAACACUGAGCCCCAGAACCUCCGCAAUGCACAGGGUCACACAGUCAUCAGGUCAGCAGCCAAUGCCAGCCUGCCCCCUAUGAUGAUGUCCCAGAGAGUCAUCGCCCCAAACCCUGCCCAGCUGCAGGGCCAGAGGAUCUCCUCUAAGCCUGGGAUGUCUCGAUCCAACAGCAUGGCCAACCCCGUCAGCUACCAGCAGGCCAGCCAGCAGGUGGCAGCUUCCCAGCGCUCGGGCUCCAGUGCCAUGUACAUGAACCUGGCCCACAUGCAGGCGGCUGCAGCCGGUGGGGUGGCGGGCGGCCUGGGCGGAGCUUCGGCUGUCAGCCCAUCCACCAUGUCCAACUCGGCCGGAGGAGGGGUGAGCUCCAUGGCCGACCAGGCCAGCAGCCAGGCGGCGGCCAAGCUGGCCCUGAGGAAGCAGCUGGAGAAAACCCUGCUUGAGAUCCCUCCACCCAAACCCCCCGCCCCACUCCUGCACUUCCUGCCCUCUGCCGCCAACAGCGAAUUCAUCUACAUGGUGGGUCUGGAAGAGGUGGUGCAGAGUGUGCUCGACAGUCAGGGUAAACUCAGAGGAACGCUGGGACGCAUGGAGCCUUUCUUUUGCGCACAGUGCAGAACCGACUUCACCCCCCACUGGAAGCAAGAGAAGAGUGGGCGCAUUCUCUGCGAGCAGUGCAUGACUUCCAAUCAGAAGAAAGCUCUGAAGGCGGAGCACACCAACAGGCUGAAGAAUGCCUUUGUGAAGGCCCUGCAGCAGGAGCAGGAGAUCGAACAGAGGCUGCAGCAGCAGGCGGCCCUCUCUCCCAGCUCGGCCCCUACUGGCCCCAACGCCUCCAAGACUGACACCAUGAUCCGACAUCAUGCACUCCGCCAGGCUCCCCAGCCUCAGGCCUCCAUGCAGCGAGGUUUGUCCAACUCGGCGCGAGGCGUCCUGUCCAACUUCGCCCAGGCCUCCCAGCUGUCAGUGGCCAGCAGCCUCAUGGGAAUGACUAGUGCCAAGCACUGUGGCAGCGGUGGAGGCGGCAGCAGCAGCAAUAGACUGCAGCAUGACAGUCGUCGCCAGAUCUACAACAUCCCAGGGUUAAAUAUUGCCUAUCUGAACCCAGCGGCCGUUGGAGCCCAUAAGAGCUCCAGCUUAGCAGACCGGCAGAGAGAGUACCUGUUGGACAUGAUCCCUCCUCGAUCCAUAUCGCAGUCCAUCACCGGACAGAAAUGAGCCCUGCCCAGCCCACCCUGCCCUCCUACCCCAUACUGAAGCACUCCCAGAUCAACCAACACCCCCACCCCACCAACCCCCAUCGCAUGCAGUGCCUGUCCGUGUGCCUACCUUAAACCAACCCAUGAAAACCACCGAGUCGGACAAAGACACUAAACUGUCAUCUCAAAUGUUCUUAUUAUAGUAACAAUCUUCUUCGUCAACGUUGUUUAACAAUUAUAAUUCCCAUUAUUAUUGCUCUUGGUAGCACUAUUAUUAUUAUACCGGCAACUACCAUUUUUGCUUCAGUUACAAUUAUUCAUUAUGCUUUUUUUCUUUUCUAAGUGUUUUGUCCUUUCCCUUUUACUUUGGGCAGUGCCGCUGAAUCAUUGUAGAGCCACUGUAGGCCAAGAUCAUGUAGGAUUUGUUUCUCCGCUCAAUUCUAAAGCUUAGACGUGACUAUUGCUAGUAACAGAAGAUCAACAGGGUGCAUUCUGGUUGCUAUGCAACAUAAAGUUUAACAACUUUGAAGCUUUGUAAAAAGUGUUAGCUCGCUAACUUGGUGUAACAAUGUGAAACAUUUGGAGAGGAACAAACAUGACAUUGAGAGCAGAGCACCCAUACUUGUAUCAUCUUGUCAAAAGGGCCAGUUUCAAGAGCUGUGUUCACAGCUUCUGCCCCAACACGUUCAACCUGGAGCUCGCAGCAGCAUCACCAAUUUUGAGGAGCUGGAAAUGACUAACAAAAGGUGCAGAUAUUUACAAAAGAGAAUCCUAUGUGAUCAUCUAGUCGGCUCCCACCAUUCCCCAUCAAAAGGUCCUCAUCGUUUCUUCAUUUCAGAUCUCGGCCUCUCUCGCUACAGAUUUGAACAGUUACCAGGUGGAUGUAACUUUAACUACAUACUGUAGUUGUACUAAUCAGGACUGACAGGCACGGCUACAUCACUCAAUGUAAACUCCUUCAAGAAGAGGACGUUGUCUACAAACUCACCCAGUAUUCAUGGAGGGAUGAUGGUGUCCACUCAGAGAAAGACGGACUUUUGUACUUCCCAUCUCACUACCUGGCCCCUACUCCUAAAUACCUUUUGGUUAUCCAGUAUGCACAGACUGAACCCUUUUGACCCAGCAGCUCCUCUUGGCAUCACAUGUUCGUUGAGAAAGUGAAAAGAACUCCAAUCUGAAGGAAGAAAUGCAUUUUAUGCAUCCAAACCACCGAGAAGUCUGGGUUCCUUUUCUUGUUAUAUUUUGGUUUUUAGAUUGUUUCCUGAUUGUUGACCCACCCCCAACCUUUCCUUAUUCUUUUUUUUAUAUGGGUAGUUUGUUUGUUUGUUUGUUUGUUUGUUUUGCGGCGUCUCCUCAUGAAAUGGUGGCAUACCUGAGAGGUUUUAGCCCCCGGAGACGAUAAUAAUCAUCAUAGCUAAAAACAGAAACUAUUGAAAUAUCUGUAUGGAUUAUGUAUAGAUACCUAGCUUCAAAGGGUGAAAAAAAAAAGGAUGUGGAUUAUAUCUUUUAUGGGAGAGACAUGGAUCAAUCAUUGUGUGCAUGCUGUGCACACAAGUUGCCUCACUCCAGAGGAGCACUUUGCAUAUUUCCAAUUGGGAAAACUCUUUUUUUUAAAGAAGAAAAGAAUGUUACAAUUGAGAGUAGCUAAGGUCUGGAUGCUGGCUAAUGGCCGACCAGAGAGUCAGGGGAGAUGUGCUGAGCAUUGUGGAUUGCAUCAUGGUGUAUUUUAAAGGAUGAUGAAGGGUUACUUUGCCAGUGUCAUUCUCUGUUAAUGUUGGACCUCAAAAGCCUGUAUGGGAUGUAUGUCAGCACUGGUCCCAAUGUCCUUCUGUCUGGAAACCCCAGUUCAAGCAAAGCUAAUCUCCUUUUAAGUGUAAUGCAUUCAAUCAGUUGGUCCCCAGAUGCGGCUGCAGCAAUAUAAACCAGCACCAUGACUGACCAAUGAA